AACGAUGUAAUCCAAACUCCUUAAAACAUGCUGGUGCAAAAUAUGAAAACGAAACGCAAGUAGACUUUUCAACAAAAAUUCAAAGUGGAACAUAUAUUUUUGUUUUUUGUCAACGUGGUUUUGCGUUUUACGAUGACAACGGUCAAGCUAUAGAAACUAUGCAAAAAAGGCACUGUAUGAAGGGAACGAUUGUAGAUGCGCCAAAAUGCCAAGAAGCUAAAUGCUCGCUUGUUGAAUAUCCGAGCAACCAGUACACUAGCUACUACAAUCUCAAUCUGAAGGCUAUAAUUGAACCUAAAGCCGAUUAUAUCAAAUCAUCACAUAAAAUUGAGGUGAAUUGUACAAAUGAUAAAGAAUACGAACUGUAUGUUAAUGCUUCAAACAAAUAUGUUGACACAUUCAAGACCAAAUGUGACCAUGGCACAUUUAACAGGAGAAAAAAAAAGUUCCCUGUUUGUGUUGAAAAAAGAUGUUCCUUCGAGCCAUCAAAUGCACAAGGAGCAUGCUUUCUAACAGAUGAUGGAGGCAAUUGUAAACGUGAACAAUUUAAUAUACAGAGUGGGUCUUCCAUUCAUAUAAAAUGUAAACAGGGAUAUACAUUGUUUGUGUCAAAGAAAGAAGUUAAAGGUCAAAAAAUAAUAACUUGCAAUAAAGGAAGCCAUCCUGAUUUCAGUUGUACUGCAAACGACUGUUCAGCUCCAGGAGUUAAUAACACAGAGCCACUGUCAACAUCUGUUUACAAUCAUAAUGAAGAGGUAACAUACAAAUGCAACAAAGGAUAUUGGUUCAGCAAGAGUAAAUUUGGGGAAAAAAAGAUAAUUUUCUUUAAGAGUACAUGCAGUCUUGGUAAUUGGACAAAUCAUAUUCCAAGAACAUGUGAACCAGUUGCUUGCUUUCUAAACGUACAAGCCGGCACUGAGUACAGCAUUUAUGGCACCGGGAAAGAUAUCCUGAACUCUUCUUUCGUAGAAAAUGGAACAAGUAUUGGUGUAAGAUGCAAGGACGGAUUUGACCUAUAUGAUGAUGCAGAUACAUUGAUAAACGAUACAAACGUUGUACCUGAAGUGACAUGCCACGUUGGAGAAUGGUCUAAUAAACACUGGUGCAAAGAAAGAUGUUACAUACCGAACAGAGCGAAUAUCCAGUUCAGCAAAGAUGGAGAAAACCUUACUAUAAAUGACACCAUUAAACAUAUGGAAAGUGUAAAUAUCACUUGUACAGGCGAACAAGGAACAUUCAGUUCAUUCAUUAACUGUGAAAAUGGUAAAUUUGAUCAACAUGACAAGUGCACCUCUGGAAAUGAUUUAAAAUCAAGCAUAUCCACUUCAACUAUAUCAACAGCUUCCGCUGAGAAUGUAAACAAUCAACAACAAAAUGUAAAUGAGGCUCCCGAUGACAGCUUAGCUGAAAUGGAAGAUUAUUACGAUCAAAUUGAAGAACAAAGAAACAAAUCAAAAGUUUCAGUUAUUAACAGUUUAAUAGGUUCCUGUAGACUUCCUGAAAUGGAAAAUAUGGCAAAGUUAAACACUCGAAGAACCCAUUAUGCUAUUGGAGAAACAGUCCGCGAUUUCACGUGUAGUCGUGGAUAUUUUUUAUCAUCCGAUAAGGGAAUGACAUGCCAGAAUAAUGGAACAUGGUCCGAUGUAAUCACGUGUGUAAAAGGAUGCAAUCUUUCUGAUGAUGAACGAUACAAGUAUUUGAACAUGAACGGAGAUGAAAUCAAACCUGGAGAUAAUCUUGUUGUUGGGGAUACAUUGACUCUGCAAUGUAGAUUCAUUGACAUGUAUUCAUACUUAACGUAUGACUACGAUUACAUAGAUGCUGAUACCCCUGCUGAUGAUAUAACAAUUUCUUGCAAGGAUGAUCAUACAAUGACAAAUAUAGAAAAGGAAUGUCCUGAAGAGCCAAAACAUGACAAAUGUUUAAAGGUUGUUAACGGAAAUGUAAAAAUAUCAAACAGCUACUACGUUGUGUCCUGUGAUAAGGGAUUCUCAUUAGAUAUUUUUGAGCCAGAGGAAAAAAGGAGCAAUUGUAUUGACGGGAAAUUAAAAAGUGUAAUCGGAGGUCAGGAACCAAAAUGUAUACCAGAUCGUUGUAAAGUACCGUAUGAGUAUGAUACACGUCUGUCAAUAUAUGACAAAUUUCGUGUGAGUCUUUCCGGAGGUUCUGUUGUUGAGGUGGGGCACUUUGUUUACUUCAACUGUUCAAAGGCAGGAGAUGAUAUGUACGAACCUGUAAAUAGAAGAUUCAAGUGUAUAAACGGCCAGUGGAUUGAGGAUGAACGGGAUAAAUUAUGGAAGUUUGGAAAUAACGGGACUUUCCCGGAAUGUAGAAAAACAAUAUGUGAACCGGAGUGUGAAAUUGGAGGUGUUUGUUUGAGGGAUGAUGAAUGUAAAUGCAAGCAUUUUACAUCAGGGAAACAUUGUGAAGACGUUCUAUGUGAUGAUAAAUGCAAAACUAAUAAUGGUGAAUGCGUUGGUCCUGGCAAAUGUAGAUGCCCGCAGGGGAAAUUCGGAACUAACUGUGAACUAAUUUCCUGUAGACCUCCUGAAAUUGAAAAUAUGGCGAAGUUAAACCCUUCAAGGACCCAUUAUGCUAUUGGCGAAACAAUUCGCGAUUUGACAUGCAAUCAUGGACAUUUUUUAUCAUCCGAUAAGGGAAUGACAUGCCAGAAUAAUGGAACAUGGUCCGAUGUUAUAACGUGUGUAAAAGGUAUUUGUGAAAAUAAGCAUAUGUGUCUUUUCAAUUACAGAUAUUGUAAAAAAAACAGAAAACGGUAAAAAGUAAUACACAUU